CCCGGCCGCGGGCGGGGAGCGCCGCCCGCCCCCCCUGCGCUGAGCCCCCGCAGCGCUCCCGCCGCAGCCUCGCCGCUGCUUUUUUCCUCCCCCUCGGGGGGCGAAGGGAACACCGAGACUGGUUUUUCUUUCCUUUUUUUUUUCUUUUUUUUUUUUUUUUUUUUUACUUUUUUCCCCUCCCCUCUCCGUGAUCUGGAUAUUCUGCGCGACCGCAAAGAAGAGUUGUUUUUUUUUUAUUUGUUUGGUUGGUUGGUUUUUUGUUGUUUCUUUUUUUUUUUUCCCCUUGUUUGUUUGUUUCGGGUUUUUUGUUUUAUUUUGGGGUGUUUUUUUUGUUUCGGUUCGUUUUCCUCCUCUUGUCACUUUCUCCCGGAGCCGAGGCUGGAGCCCGGAACCUCCGCGAGGGGCGAAGCCUCCUUCCUACUCCCGCAGUAAAUAAGUAAAAUGUAAAUUGGAUAAUAACGACCUCUUGCCAAAGGCUCCAAUGAGUGGCACACAGUCCACAAUCACGGACAGGUUUCCUCUCAAAAAACCUACGAGACACGGCAGCAUUUUGAGCAGAGAGUCUCCAGCUGACAAGAAGCAGAAGGUCGAGCGCUGCAGUAGCACCCACGACUUCGAUCCCACAGAAAGCUCCUCCAAGAAGACAAAGUCUAGUUCUGAGGAGAGUAGAUCCGAGACAUAUGGUCUGGUUCAGCGGUGUGUCGUGAUCCAGCGGGAUGAGAACGGAUUCGGGCUGACGGUCAGCGGAGACAACCCGGUCUUCGUGCAGUCCGUCAAGGAAGAUGGAGCAGCCAUGCGGGCUGGAGUGCAAACAGGGGAUAGAAUUAUCAAGGUGAACGGCACCCUCGUAACACACUCGAACCAUUUGGAGGUGGUAAAGCUGAUCAAGUCGGGUUCCUAUGUAGCUCUCACUGUCCAGGGGCGCCCACCAGGGUCGCCCCAGAUUCCCUUGGCUGAUUCUGAAGUGGAUCUGGCAGGAUUUGGGCAUAUGUCUCCCAUCAUGACAUCUCCCCACUCACCUGGCACAUCAGGAAAUGCAGAAAGGAUCACCAGCCCAGUGCUUAUGGGGGAGGAGAAUAAUAUUGUCCACAACCAGAAGGUGGAGAUUCUGAGGAAGAUGCUACAGAAGGAGCAGGAGAGGCUGCAGUCCCUCCAAGAGGAGUACGGCCGGUCCCCCACCCCCCGCCUGCUCAAGGAGAUCCAGGAGGCCAAAAAGCACAUUCCUCAGCUGCAGGAGCAGCUCUCCAAAGCCACGGGCUGCACUCAGGAUGGAGUCCUGUCCUCCAGGUCUGUGUCGGAGUCGCUGCAGAUCAGCGAGGGGGAGGCAGAGAGUGGGGACUGCGGGAGCAAACUGGAUUGCAGUGGGGACAGCCCCUCCAGACCCAACAGUGACAUUGCUGAUAGUCCUCGCAGUGGCUUGAAGGAGAGGAUUUAUCCAGAUGAGAGCCCAGAAAAGCCUGAGGUUCAAGAUACUGAUUCCCAGUCCAGUGUUGGAAGUCCUUUAUCCCGAGUGGGGACUCAGAUCAUUGGAGCAGAGGAUGAUGACUUUGACACGGAACAGGAGCAGAUUAAUGGACAGUGCAGCUGCUUCCAGAACAUCGAGCUCCUGAAGUCUCGCCCAGCUCACCUGGCUGUUCUCCUGCACCACGUGGUGUCUCAGUUUGAUCCUGCAGCACUGCUGUGCUACCUUUACACAGACCUGUACAAACAGACCAACUCCAAAGAGACCCGGAGAGUCUUCCUGGAGUUUUACCAGUUCUUCCUGGACAGAGCUGCAAAUCUCAAAGUUCCAGUUCCAGAUGAAAUCUCCUUGGAACUAGACAGAAGAAGGCCAGAACUCCUUCCUGAAGAGCUUCACCGCCAGUUCAUCCAGACUAUGCAAGAUAAAGUGUGCCCAGAAGUGCAGAGGAAUCUGGAAGAUUUCAGGCAGAAACGGAGCAUGGGAUUGACCCUGGCCGAGGGGGAGCUCACCAAGCUGGACGCGGAGCGAGUGCGGGACAGGAACGCGGUGGAGAAGGAGAGGACCUGUGCAGAGCAGAUCCUUGCUAAAAUCGAGGAGGUCCUGAUGACAUCUCAGCCUUUGGAAGAAGACAAGAGCUCCACGAUGCAAUAUGUGAUCCUUACCUACAUGAAACACUUGGGAGUCAAAGUGAAGGAGCCUCGGAACCUGGAGCAGAAACGGGGCCGUAUUGGUUUCCUGCCAAAGAUCAAGCAAAGUAUCAAGAAAGAGAAAGAAGGAGAGGAAAAAGGGAAGAGAAGAGGCUUUCCAAAUAUUCUGGGCCCACCGAGGAGACCGAGUCGACACGACAGCAGUGCAAUUGGCAGAGCCAUGGAGAUGCAGAAGCCCAGGCACCCAAAGCACUUACCCACAGCCUCUUCUGUGAGCCCAGAGCCCCCAGAUUCCAGCAAGAUCCGCCAGAGUGGCUCCUCCAGUGAUGGCACAGAUGCUCCAUACCCACCUGCCAACCCCAUGUCCCCCUUGGCAAUGGGGCCCUUCUCCUCUCCAGAGGGAAGCAAGGACAGCGAACCAGGUUUGAAGCAGCCUGGAGAAGCUCCACCUGCCAGUGACUCCAUGGAUGGCACACCCCGCACACCCAACACCACCUUUGAAUUCCCAUCUCCUCUGGAAAACCUGCAGGAGGAGGAGGGAGAGUCAGAGAGAAUGGUUGACAUGGGAACACCGAAGCCUUUUCGCAAGAUGGACAGUGUUGGCUUUGCAGAUGUGCAGAGUGAAGAUGAGCUCUAUGAUUUUGACAUGGACAUGGACCCUCCCAACUGGCAGCAGCUCGUGAGCAGGGAAGUGCUGAUGGGGCUCAAACCCUAUGAAAUCAAGCGCCAAGAAGUGAUUAAUGAGCUGUUUUACACAGAGCGAGCCCACGUCCGCACGCUGAAGGUCCUGCACAACGUCUUCUACCAACGUGUGACCAGGGAAGGGAUCCUCAACUCCAGUGACAAACGCAAAAUCUUCUCCAAUCUGGAGGACAUCCUUGGCCUUCAUGUUGCACUGAAUGAUCAGAUGAAAACUGUCCGGAAAAGGAACGAGACUUCUGUCAUUGGCCAAAUUGGGGAAGACUUGCUUUCCUGGUUUAGUGGAGCAGCAGAGGAGAAGCUGAAACAUGCCACUGCCACGUUCUGCAGUAACCAGCCCUUUGCCCUGGAGGUCAUCAAGUCCCGCCAGAAGAAGGACUCGCGUUUCCAGACCUUCGUGCAGGAUGCUGAGAGCAAUCCCCUGUGCCGCCGGCUGCAGCUGAAGGAUAUAAUUCCCACGGAGAUGCAGAGGUUGACAAAGUACCCCCUUCUGCUGGAUAACAUUGCUAAGUACACAGAGCUGUCUGAAGAGAAGGAGAAAGUGAAGAAAGCCGCGGAUCACUGUCGUCAGAUCCUCAACCACGUGAACCAGGCUGUCAAAGAGUCAGAGAACAAGCAGCAUUUGGAAGAUUAUCAGCGUCGACUCGACCUGUCCUACCUGAAGCAGUCUGAGGAUCCCAUGAUGGAUGAGUUCAGGAACUUGGACCUAACAAAGAGAAAAAUGCUCCAUGAAGGGCCUCUGACUUGGAAGGUGAAUCGUGACAAAACCAUUGAUCUCUACACUCUGCUGCUGGAGGACAUUCUGGUGCUGUUGCAGAAACAAGAUGAUAAACUGGUGCUGAAGUGCCACAGUAAGAUCUUGGCCUCCACAGCCGACAGCAAACACACCUUCAGCCCCAUCAUCAAACUCAACACCGUCCUGGUUCGCCAGGUGGCAACAGAUAACAAAGCUUUCUUCGUCAUCUCCAUGUCAGAGAACGGCGCUCACAUUUACGAGCUGGUGGCACAGACUGUCUCAGAAAAGAACGUGUGGCAGGACCUCAUAGCCCAGAUGGCAGGGACUGUGAAAAUGGGCAGUGCCAGGAGAGUGAUUCCACUCCCACAGUCAGGCCCUGGAGAGGAGGAGCGUGAAGAAGAGGAGCAGCAGAAGCUCAAGGAGCAGCAUGACAUUCCUGCCAGUAGCCUCCAAAGCCCAGAUAAAGACUUGGGGCUGGAAUCUCCCCUCAUACUCAACACUCAGUCCUCUUCACCCAUCAUGUCUGAAAAGGCCAAGGUGGGAGGCCUGCUGGUGUCUGAAGGGCAGUUUGAGAAGGUGCAGCAGGCAGAGCUGACCCUCAAAGACUCCUCUGCAUGUUAUGAACACACAGCCACCAGUUCCCCCUCGCUGUCAGAGGGGCAGUGGGCACGGGAUGCAUUAAGGAACUUGGGUUUGCUGAGGCAGCUGUUGGUGCAGCAGUUUGGCCUGGCUGAGAAGGGCACCCUGGAAGAGCGGCAGCGCUUCCCCAGGUUCAGGACUGUCUCCCAGGAAGCCCAGACGGAGAGCGGGAACGAGCUCCAGCACUCGGACGGCGACAAAUUCCAGCCUGGCUCGGACAGAACACUGCCCACAGCUGAGGAGUCCACAGCUGGUUAUGGCCUCCGGACUUCAGCUGAGUCUCCAGCCCCAGGGGAUGCCCUGCAGCUGGUGGGGAGAGACCCCAGGCCCAGUGGGAAUUUGGGAACGGACCGCGGGAGCGGGACCCCGGAGGUUUCCACCCUGGAGCUGGAAGGGGUGGGGGCCGAGGAGAGCGGGGAGCACUUUUUUGAUGCUCGGGAGGCUCACAGCGAUGAAAACCCCUCUGAGAGCGAACUGAUGGAGAGGAAGGAGGAAGAGGAGGUGCAAAUACGGAUCUCAGGAAAUUAUUUGAUCCUCGAUGGAUAUGGAACAGUGCAGGAGAGCUCCACGGACGAGGAGGUGUCCUCCCUGGUCCUCCAGUGCACGGGGGGUGGCCGGGCCCCCUUGGACUCUGCCCGGCAGCACCCGCUGUCCCCCCGGGACGCGCGGUCGGACGGAGGGGGCUCCCCGUUCCCGGAGGAGAUGUUGGCCUCGCGCUGGGGGGGAGUGGAAGAGUCCUGCUCCUUCAUGGCAAGCCCUCCCCUGCCUCUGGAGAUCCGUGUGCAGCUCAUGCAGUACAUCCAGAACAUUGAGGAUGCCCUUGAAAAGCUAAAGGAGGUGGAGGAGGACUACACCAUUCUGCGACGCCAAGGGCUGGCUGGCUCAGCCUCCACGGGAGAGCACUCAGACAAAAGCUAGUCGUGUUUUCAGGAGUGGCUGAAGAUGGGAUGAAGAGGAUCAGGACACAGCACCCGCUGUCUUCCUUGUGGACUCUGAGACAAGAGGGUUUGGACCAUCCAAACACGAACCAGACUUUAGCAAAGUGGGCAUGGGGUGCUUUUCCUGUGGGGCAUCUGCACUAUCUUGUCAGUGAGGGAGUCUAUUCUAUUCUGCUCCUCUCCUUGCUACCAGAAAUACAUUUUUCAGAACAGAAAAAUAAAAAAAAAAAAACCAAACCAAAUGUACAGAGCUUUGGGUGUAGGAUAUAAAAAAAAAUGUAUUUAGACAUUUAAAAAAAAAAAAAAGAUCAAUGUAUUUAUUUGACUUCAUUCCGUGUAUCAAAAGCACAUUUUAAUUUUUUUAAUCUGCCUUUUUUUUUUUGUUUAUUUUGUUUUGUUUUGUUCUGUUUGAACUGGGUAGUGACAGUUCUAGCCCCCUGCAUAUGGUCCAUCCUGGGUCAGGGGUGAGGGACCAGGGUGUUACCUGUGUGCAGGUGAAUCUUUAUUUCACUGGACUGGACUCUGCACUCCCUGCUGGCAACUCAAACUGCCAUGCCAAGAGCUACUUAUGAAGGUUGUUAGGAUGGCUUGUGGCUGGAAUUACCUGUGUUUCAACAAACUGCAUGGGAAUUGCUCCUGUCACCACGUGUGCAACAAGAAUUUUCCAUGCACUAAACAUCCAGGCACUUGAGAUGGGCGAGUUUUCCUUUUCCCCUUUCCCAUUCCUUCGUUGACUUGCAAGAUCAGACUGGGAGGGGAGAAAGAGAGGUUUAAUUUUUAUUUUUUUUUCCUUGACUUUGUUGGCUUUGAUCAUUGUCUCCUUUGUAAAGUGAUAAAAAAAUACUUGGACCUGCAGCACUUUUGUAACUCUUCUCUGGAUCAAAAAAAAAAAAAAAAGAAAAAAAAAAAAAAGAAGAAAAAAAUGCAAACCCAGAAGUGUUUCAAAGAUGUGGGGCAGCUCUGCCCCUGAUUCACUACUGAAUGAAAAAGGGCUGCCAUUGGAGUUAGCCACAGGUACUGCUGAUUAUAGGGCCAGUAAGUUUUAGUACCUGAAAGUAUGUCUUGCUGAGGGCUUGGGGUGGGCUUUGGGGGUUUUUUUUUGGGGGGGUGGGGUUGGUUUGUUUGGUUGUUUUUUUUUUAAACUAACUUGUGCCAACGUGUUCUCGCUGAAACAGAGAUGUGCAAAUCCAAGAAGGCUGAACCAGCUCUCUGGGACUUCCUUAGGCUUGUUGGAACGGGGUUUGCUGCUGGAAUUCCUUCCAGUCUGGGAACAGGAUGGUGAAAAGGUUAUCACUGAGGUAACACUGGACCAGCUGAGGUUGGUCCCAGGGCAGCAGCUCCUCCCUGGCACAGGCAAGGAGUUCAGUUCAAGCUGUCCCUGGUACCACAGACACCAGGAGUGGGGCUGCUGGGGGAAGGUGUGUGAGGAAGCCUCUGCUGCACCCUCUUGCCGAGUUUUAAACUGUUUAAGGAGCCCAGAGUGAGCAGCAAGCCAAGCCUGUGCAUCCCACUGACAGUCAGAGCAUCAGGGAGUGCUCAGAGAAUCUGCCUUUGGUCACUGUCACUGUCAAGAUCCCACUCCCUGCUCCUCUGAGUGAAACAUUUUAGCUGCUGGCAGGAAAACAGAUCUGUCCUUUGUCUGUAAGAAAAACAUCAGAUCUUAUUCUUCCCCAUGGAACAGGCAAGGGAAGAGUUCCUGUGAUGAUGGGCAGAGGCAGCACAGGUGAUUUUGGGCCUGAUGUGGAAGUUCAGAGGGUAGGGAGGAGCUCCUCUUGUUUGAAGAGCUGGUUGCACGAAGCAUCAUGACACUGCCAACACAAACCCAAGUGUUCUCUGCCAGGCUGGCAGGAGCUUCCUUGGGUGAGAUUCACUGUCAGUAUUACCCCAGCACUCCCCUCCUCACCUCAGCCACACGGUUCCUUUGGUUACAAACACCCAGAUGUUCAUGAGCAUCCCCCAAACCAGGGGGGGGAGCAUCCCCCAAACCAUGCUGCCAUGGGUCCUGCCAGAAAAAGGACUGGGAUAGAGCCAGACUUGGUGUUUGAGACACUUUCCUCCCUCCCAGUUCCCUUCCAUCAGCUGCAACCCCACACUCCAGACCCAGGAGCAGUUUUUGUGACCUUGGUGGUCUGAAAGCUUUCCAGAGGCUUCCAUGGUUGAUGGGAAGGUUAUCCCUGAACUGUAGAAUAGAGAGAGCUUAGUCUGGCUUCAGAAGAAUAUCCUGGAAGACCAGCAAAGGUGAAGGCCUGGCUGCUUCAUACUCAUUCCUUGUGACUGAAGGCAAAAUCCCUGGUGGGCUGGUUUUCUCCGAGGUUCCUGGUGGUCUGUGGUUCCACCACUGCUUUGUUUUCAUCCCUGACAGGUGUAGCAGCAGUGAAAAAAGCUGGGAAUGCAGAGUAUUUGUGUGGCCCCAUCCCUACACUUCAGCCUCGGAGCUGCUGGAGUGGGAUUUUCCCCACCCUCCCUUCAUGUGUAACACAGGGGAGGGGAGGGGACAGUGCUGUCCCUGUCACCUCUCCAGGUGUGCCAGGGGAACAGCCAGGCUGGGUGCCUUUGUCCCAGCUGGCAUGGCCAGUCUCCAGGGCAGGAGGGGCCAGAGAGCUUGAAGGAAUGUUGGAGAAGCCUAAAUUUGAACCCAGUUUUAUGGGCGACGUAAAGGACCCUCUGAGCUCUGUGCUGGUCGGGUUUUGGUUCAGCUCCUCACAAACAGGGCAUUCCCCCUCUGGGAAAACAAUGGUGGGGUCAGGAAUCCCUUAUUUUCGAGAGCAGUCACCUGGAAUGCCAGGGAAUUCCUUUCUCCUGGCCCAUGUGCUGUCCCCCAGAGCUCAGGCAUGGAAGGAGCUGCAGCUCCAAUGCACUGUUCAGGAUUCUCAUGUUUUUUUCGUCCUUGAAGCCAUAAGAUUCCCUUCUUUAAAUCCCAGUUUUCAGCGUGAGGAAGCAUUUUGGUUUGCCCCUGGUUGUUGAUGGAUUGUACAUUCCCAUAUCCAAACUGGAUAACAGAGCAGGACACUGUUCUCUGGGAUUUUUUUCCUCCCAAAUAGUCGAGGGGUUUUUGUUUUGGGGUUUUUUUUCCCUUCCCCAAACAGAAGAGUAACAAGGGUUUCUUAUUUUGGGGACAAAUUUGUAGUGUGGGAACCAUCUUCUGUGUCCUUCUGAGAGGUCACUUCUGCUGUCACAUGGUUCAUGGACAAGCAGGAAUGUCAAAUGGAUUUUUUUGGGAUGGGAAUUUCCUUCUCCUGUCGGAGAGCAAAUGCUGAGCUGGUGUUGGAUCAUUUGGGUCUCUUGAACAUACUUUUUCUGUAGGGAGGGGAGAUUCCUUCAGCAUCCUGUGGGUGGGAUCAGACAGAAGGAUGAAGAAACCUCAAGAGUGAAGAAAUCUGGAUGGUUUGGGGCAGCUUUCAGACAGCACUCAGCCUGUUCCCAGUUUUAUUCUGUAAAACCUGGAUAUUCUGAUUUACAGAUCCUGUCCCUGGUUUUGGAAUAGGGGUCUGAACAUCAGACCCAUAAUCUCCUGGUAUCUGGUGUUGAUUUCUCCCUCUGUUCCCUAAAGAAAUCCCUCAAUUCCCUCCCCCUCCCCAAAGGUGCCAACUGACAAGCAGAUGUACUGCAAAAGGGAUACUGCAGCCAAAACACUGCUGUUUUAUUUUGAAUUAAGUCUUGUGGAGCUCUCUUCAUACUAGAAUAUUUUUAUUUUCUUUGUACAACAUACAAUCAUGUACUCUUAACAGAGAUUUACUUUAAAGAGAAGAAAAAAA